AUGUCUCCUGUUCCCGCACCGCCAACAACCCCACUACACGUCGUCCUUUCCGAGGCUUCCUACUCUCCACAAGACGAGUCUUUCCAAGUUCACGUCCACGGCAUCUCAGAGGAAGACCCUCAAUCGCCAUCGAGCACCGUCACCGUCCGCUCCCCUUUUGUCUCGGCAGGGCAUGAAGCCAAAGUUAACUGGUACUGCGAGGCUGCAGACCGAGAAAUUUUUCCUAUAACUGGUCGUCUCAAUACCAUUGACAAGCUCCUCCAAAACUAUGGCACCACCUUGUUCACCAUGGUCUUCGGCACCCCGGAGACCACCCUCCCUGAUGACCAUUUUGUCUCUAUCCGCGUUGUCGGUAGCGCACGCUUUUGUUCUUUGCAUUGGGAGCUACUCCGAGACCCCGCCAAGCUCCACGAGCCAUCGAAUGGCGCUGUUGUCUUGGACCCCACCCGCUGUCUUGUCCGUGAUGUCCAGCAUCGAAGCCCGCAUCACAUCAUCCCGCAUCCCAUCAACUCGUAUCCCACCUUGAACGUCUUGUUCCUCACCGCGAGGAGUCGCACAGACGAAAAGGAUAUCCCAUUGCGCAUUGAGAGUCUCGCCGUCAUGGACAGCGUCAGAAAUCACGACCUUCCUUUGCGUCUCGACCUCGUCCGUCCUGGCACCGUCACCGCCUUAUGGGAAAAGCUCAAGCUGGUUAAGCCAGGCUUUUACCACAUACUCCACUUGGAUUGUCAUGGCACAACUAGCGAUGACUCCUUCCAUUCACCAAAUGGUAUUGCCAAUAAUCGCCUCAUGUUCGAGUGCGAGCGCUUCGGCUUCACCACCGUCUCCGGUGAUGAAAUAGCCCAUGUUGUCGACGAAUUCAAGAUCCCUAUUGUUAUCACGAGUGCCUGCCGGUCAGGCAUGAGCAACCCCGGCAGCCCUAGCUUCGCGUACGAGCUCUUCUCAAGGAGCAAUGUGCAGUGCGUUUUGGCCAUGGCCUUGUCGGUUCUCGUAGAUACAACCGCCCGAUUCGUCCGGGAAUUCUAUCGAGCCAUUUUAGCCCCAUCCCAGAUGAAUUCCGUUCGCGUUGCCACUACGCGAGCACGUCUGGCCAUGCAUGAGGACCCUCGCCGAAAUGGUGUUAUGGGACCAAUUGAAAGGCAAGACUGGUGGAUUCCGCAGCUCUACGAGAGAAAGCUUCCCAACCGUUCAGAGACUGGACUAUUUAGACGGUGCAAGUGGGAGGAUGCUGCCCUUCUCGUUGAGUCUCCAGAAGAUAAAUCCCUUAUCUGGGAGGACAGUGAACUUAACGUCAAACGGAAGAACCUCCUGAUCAACGAACCAGUCGACGAAACGACUUUUUUAGGUCGGAAUGAUGAUCUCCAUGGCUUAGAAGGGAAGGUUUUUUCUCAGGAGAGAGCAGAUAACAUUAUUCUCUUGUAUGGAAUGAUGGGGUGCGGGAAGACUGCGUUUGUCACGUACGUGUCUUGGUGGUGGAGUGUCACUGGACUUGUAAGAGACAAAUUUGUGUUUCGCAUGCAUGAGAAGUCGUUUUCUCUAAACCAUAUGAUAUGGCACAUUUACCGGCAGCUUUUUAACGUCUCUGGAUAUGACCCAACUGAUCAAAGUGAGUUACAACGGGCAGAUGACCGUCGUCGCGUAACGAAUCACUUGCGGGAAAAUUGUUAUGUCAUUGUGAUUGAUGGCGCCGAGAGGCUGUGCACACGUGAAGGAACGGGCAGAUCUGUGUCUGAGCGCUUUGAAUCGAUACCUUCACAAUACGAAAGUGAAUUCGAAAGUGACUCUGAGGACGGUAGAUUUAAAUCAAGAGUAAACCAUGGAUCUCACGACCGAGAACAAAUUGCAGAAUGGCUGGCCGAGUUGCAAGGAGGAAAGACAAAGGUCCUUGUUGGGUUUCGAGGAAGUUCGGAGAGUGACCUGAUGAAGUACAUCAAAAACAGGUCAAAUAACUUGGACCUUGCUACAAUCGUGGGUAAGUAUCCGAGCCGCCUCAUCGGAAGCUUGUCUAAGAAAUGGGCCGAAGUUUUGGUUAAGCAGCUCUUAGACGAGAGCGGUGACAGCUCCGACCCCAAGUAUAAAGCCCUUUACAGUUAUCCAAUGCUUGACCUUUACGCUGGUAACCCUUUGGUGAUCAAGCUUAUUGUAGGAACUUUCAAGGCCGGGGACAUGUCAAAUGCCCCUCAUCCGGAGGAUUUGUUUGAAAGCCUUCCAAAGCACUUGACCAACCCCUCAGACUCAAUGAGUGUGAUGGAGAGUCUAGAAUACUCAUUCAACUUGCUGUCGGCUCCCCAGCAGGAAGCUCUCCUUUUUCUAGCUCCUUUCAAAGGCUCGGUUUCAGCCCAAGGCCUCACCCAUUAUGCCCAUGCACUUGAACAGAACGAUGACAGUUUAACGAAGUUUGACAGGAACGCAUGGGACUCUGCUAUCAAGAUGGCCGUGAGAUGGGGCUUGCUGACUCAUCACGAGCGUAUGAGCUCGCAUGGAGGCCAAGAGGCCUGGAGAAUCCACGCAUGCCUUUCCGUCUUGUUGAUGAGGAAGCUGUGCCACAAACGUGCGUGUACUUCACGAGGUACAUUGAAUGAGUUAACGUCUAGUAAGGGAUACGCAGUCUUGGAAGAUGCCGACAAGGACAAAGUUUUGCAUCCGAUGCUGAAGCCCAUGCAUGUGGCCUACUGGAAAUUGUCGUUACAGCUUUACGACCUGCUCCGCGAUUCCAACAAAGUUAUGCAUGACUUUGGUCGCGUCAUGACAGAAAUAGAAUUCUGGAAUCUAAAGAGAGUCUUGAGGUAUGCCUUGGAAGAGAAACAAGCUUUCUAUGGCGUUCUCCUGCCCAUGUAUUGGUACUUGGCGGCGAAGAACGAUAUCACACAGAGAUACGCUCUGUGCCGAAGAAUCAUUGAAAAGGUCGGCGUCUAUGACAGACUUGCUGAUAUCCCUGUCUCAAACAAAGUAUAUAGCAUGGACAUCCCACGGUCGUACCACAUAUACGGGAUGUUGCUGGGCCAUAACCGUCUGCACAAACUCAACGAGGCUGAGGAAUGGUUCAACCGAACCAUCAGAAUAUGGAAAGAAUGCAAUAACAGUCGCGAACUUGCAGUCACCCAUCAUGAAUUAGGAUGGGUUGCAAUGAACAAACGCGAAUUUUCGAAAGCUGAAAGACACUAUGAAGAAGCGUUGAGGCUCAGUGAUCGGCUCGGCCGAUCCCGCACUCUACACAACAUGGGCUUGCUUGCCGCCGAACAACGGAACUUUCCUCGGGCCAUGCAGUACCACGAAGACGCCCGCCAGCUCUACGAAGAGCAAAAAGACGUUCGUGCAGUGGCGAGCGCUUACCACCACAUGGCCAUCAUUGCUGCGAAGGUAAAGGAUUUUGAAACUGCAGAACAGUACGCGAAGACUGCACUUAAGGUCCGAAAGCAAAGGGAGGAAACGGAACAGAGUGCGAAUGUGUAUCAGCUAAGAGGAAACAUCGCACAGCGACGAGUCAGGGAAGAAGAUGUUGACAGUGUAGAAGCUCACAAAAGUCUAGACUUUGCGAAACGGAAGUACACUAAAGCAAUGGUUGCUUACAACUGCGACACAGGAUAUCACUACGGAGUCAUACCAGAGCGAGAAAUGUUGCACGAGAAUUACGGGCUUCUCAUGGCAGCACUUCGGCGCUAUGCUGUAAGUGAGGACGAAAAGCGGGAACUGCUUAGAGCCGAAAUGGAUUCAUACCUACAUCUCAAGGACGGUGCAUAUCCAAAGGCAGAAUACAACCUGGGCUUGCUUUACGAAGAGCUCGGGCAAGAUGAAAAGGCGUUCGCAUGCUACUGUUGCGCUGCAGAUCUUACAUCCGGCGUGGUUGAGGGAACUGCUGAGUUUGAGGCCUGCUGCAGGGCGCAGGUCGCAAAAGCCCGUUGCUUAGCGAGAGGCAAGGGCGUCGAGCAAGACGAGCACAAAGCCAUUGGUAUUAUGUUGAAGCUACAGGGGGAAAUUGAAGAAGAAGAUCCCUUGAUCUCACUGGGUCUCCCGGAAGAAGUCACAUGA